CGCGCUGUGGGCGUUAUGGCUGCGGCUGUGCCCGUGGGCGGGGGCGGGGGCGGGGGCAUUCAGGGCUCCCUGCACCAGCUACUGUGCGCGCUGGAGGACCCGGACCCCGCUACCGCCGCCCUGCGCGGCUACAACCUCAUCCGCAGCCUGGGGGAGGCGUGCGUGACCAGCACCGGGCAGGGCAUCCGCGCAUUGCAAACUUCCCUGGUAUUUUCCAAAGAAAAUGGAUUACUUGUGUUUGUCCGCAAGUCUCUCAGCAUUGAGGAAUUUCGAGAGUGCAGGGAAGAAGCUUUAAAAUUUCUAUGUAUCUUUCUGGAAAAGAUUGGUCAGCAAGUUCAUCCUUAUGCUCAUGAUAUUAAGCAAACUUGUAUUAGCGUUUACACAAAAGAAAAGGCUGCAAAAUGUAAAAUCCCAGCUCUGGAGCUCCUCAUUAAGUUGCUUCAAAAUUUACGAUCUUCCUUUUUGAUGGAAGAACUGAAAGUUGGAGAGAUCUUUAACAAAUUUUAUGGGGAACUUGCUGCAAGAAGUAAAGUGCCUGACACGGUACUGGAAAAAUUAUAUGAACUCCUUGGAGUCUUGGGAGAAGUCCAACCUAGUGACAUGGUUGACAACUCUGAAAAAUUAUUCAGAGCUUUCUUGGGAGAGCUCAAAACACAGAUGAAGUCAGCAACAAGAGAGCCCAAACUACCAGUAGUAGCAGGGUGCUUGAAAGGAUUGACUGCACUUAUGUAUAAUUUUACUAAAUCCAUGGAUGAAGAUCCCCACACUUCAAAGGAGAUUUUUGAUUUUGCUGUGCAGGCAAUCAGUCCGCAGGUUGACCUAAAGCGAUAUGCAGUACCUCUAGCUGGUUUACACUUGCUCAGCAUGCAUGCUGCUCAGUUUGGCACCGCCCUUCUGGACAACUAUAACUCACUGUUCAAAGUACUGUCUAAGUGGUGUGGCCAUACAAAUGCAGAGCUGAAGAAAGCCGGUCAUUCAGCCUUAGAUUCAUUCCUUAGACAGAUUUCUCUAAUGGUGGCUAAAGAUGCAGAAAUGCACAAGAGCAAGUUGCAGUUCUUCAUGGAGCAGUUCUAUGGUAUCAUCAGAAAAAUGGAUGCAAGCAAUAAGGAGUUGUCCAUUGCCAUUCGUGGAUAUGGGCUUUUUGCUGCGCCUUGUAAAGCAAUAAAUUCUAAGGAUGUUGACUUCAUGUAUGUUGAGCUCCUUCAGCGCUGUAAACAAAUGUAUCUCACUGAGGCAGAGACAGCAGAAGAACAUAUAUAUCAGCUACCCAGUUUUCUUCAGUCCAUUGCAAGUGUUAUAUUCCACAUAGAUACGAUCCCUGAAGUGUACACUCCAGUUCUCGAACAUCUAAUUGUGGUGCAAAUAGAUAGUUUUCCACAAUACAGUGUAAAAAUGCAGUCAGCCUGUUGCAAGUCCAUAGUAAAGGUUUUCCUAGCUCUGGCAGGAAAGGGACCAGUUCUCUGGAGUUUCAUCAGCACGGUGGUGCAUCAGGGGUUAGUCAGAGUCUGUUCCAAGCCAAUCACCUUUUCAAAGGAGACUUUUGGAAAAGAAUCUUCUAAAUGGGAAGAGCCCGUAGCAGCUGGAGAGGUCAGAACCGGGAAAUGGAAAGUACCUACAUAUAAAGACUAUCUGGAUUUGUUUAGAAGUCUGUUGAACUGUGACACAAUGAAGGAUUCAGUUCUGGCAGAUGAAACCUCUCUAAUUGCAAAUUCACCGCUGCUGUCUCUGAACCGUUUGUUGUAUGAUGAACUUAUAAAAUCGAUAUUGAAGAUCAUUGAGAAGUUGGACUUGACAGUUCAGAAACUGAAUGCCAGUGAACAGGAUGAAAAUGAAGCUGGCAGUGCUUUGGUUGUUCCUACUUCUGAUCCAGCAUCAAACCUUCAACCAACUAAGCCUAAAGAUUUUAUAGCCUUUGUUAACCUAGUAGAAUUCUGCAGAGAAAUUCUGCCAGAGAAGCAUCUUGAAUUUUUUGAGCCAUGGAUGUAUUCGUUUGGUUAUGAGCUUAUUAUACAGUCAACACGGUUACCUCUUAUUAGUGGAUUCUACAAAUUGCUCUCUGUUGCAAUGAAAAUUGCCAAGAAAAUAAAAUAUUUUGACGGUGCAAGUCCCAGGAGUUACCAAAAAUGCUCUGAUGACCCUGAGAAGAGCUCUUGCUUUGCACUAUUUGCAAAAUUUGGGAAAGAGGUAACAGCAAAAAUGAAACAAUACAAAGAUGAAUUGUUAGCAUCAUGUCUGACCUUUGUACUCGCCUUACCACAUGACAUCAUCAUGCUUGAUAUCAAAGCUUACAUUCCUGCAUUACAGAAUGCAUUUAAGCUUGGCCUCAGCUAUACCCCAAUAGCUAAUGAAGGGCUGGAUACCCUGGAAGACUGGUCAGCUCACAUUCCCAAACAUAUAAUUCAGCCUUACUACAAGGAUGUCCUUCCUCUCUUUGAUGGCUAUUUGAAAAACACUGCAUCAGUGGAUGAGUCCCAGAAUAAUUGGGAAGUGAUGAAGCUUUCUCGUGCAGCUCAGAAAGGAUUUAACAAAGUUGUGAUACAACGUCUGAAAAAAGCAAAGACCCUUUCAUUGGAAGAAGAUCUAUCCUUGGAAGCUGUAAGAACUAGAGUGGUACAGCUUCUUGGAUCUUUGGGAGGGCAAAUCAAUCGAAAUUUAGUUACAGCUGCUUCUGCAGAAGAGAUGAUGAAGAAGUUUGUGUCCUGGGACACUGAGAAGAGUCUGAGCUUUGCUGUACCCUUUGCAGACAUGAAGCCAGUCAUCUAUUUGGAUUUGUUCUUGCCUCGUGUGACUGAAUUAGCUCUAUCUGCUAGCGACAGGCAGACUAAAAUUGCAGCAUGUGAGCUCUUGCAUAGCAUAGUUAUGUACAUGUUGGGAAAAGCAUCUCAAAUGCCAGAUGGACACUCAGGUUCUCCACCCAUGUAUCAGCUGUAUAAACGAAUGUUUCCUGUAUUACUUCGGCUUGCCUGCGAUGUAGACCAGGUAACAAGACAGUUGUAUGAGUCCCUAAUAAUGGAAUUGAUUCACUGGUUCACCAAUAACAAAAAAUUUGAAAGUCAGGACACAGUGUCAUUGCUGGAAGCUAUUCUGGAUGGAAUAGUGGAUCCUGUUGACAGCUCUUUGAGGGACUUCAGUGGUCAGUGUGUUAGAGAAUUUAUGAAAUGGUCCAUUAAACAGACAACGCCACAACAGCAGGAGAAAAGUCCGGUGAACACCAAAUCACUGUUCAAGCGACUGUACAGCCUUGCUCUUCAUCCAAAUGCUUUGAAGAGGCUGGGAGCAGCACUUGCUUUUAAUAACAUCUAUAGAGAAUUUAGGGAAGAAAAUUCUCUGGUAGAGCAGUUUGUGUUUGAAGCAUUGGUUGUAUAUUUGGAAAGUCUGGCCUUGACUCAUACAGAUGAGAAGUCACUAGGUACAGUUCAACAAUGUUGUGAUGCCAUUGAUCAUCUGAAGCGCAUAAUUAAGCACAAAGCAUCGUCCCUAAAUAAGGCAGAAAAACGACGGAUACCACGAGGCUUUCCACAUGCUAAAUCAAUAUGUCUGUUGGACCUUGUCAUGUGGCUGUUGGUGCAGUGUGGGCGAUCUCAGACAGAAUGCCGUCAUAAAUCCAUGGAGCUCUUCUAUGGAUUUGUUCCUUUAUUACCAGGAAACCACUCUCCAUCAUUGUGGCUGGGUGAUGUUCUAAAAAAACAAGGAAUCUCUUUCCUCAUCAACAAAUUUGAAGGGGGAGGAAAUGACAAUCUCUCUGGAAUCCUCUCUCAGCCAACACUCUCUGACGUGCAGGAGCCCUUCAGUUUGCGAGCUGUUUUACAGUGGAUGGAUAUGUUUCUAGCAGCUCUGGACUGCUACAAUACAUUCAUUGAGCUGAGAAUGAUCAAACCAAAUGAAAUACUAGGUACUGGUAUGAGGUCUUCAUUCCUGAGAGCUGUAGAAUUCUUCCUUGAAACUAUUGCUUUGCAUGAUAUAGCUGCAGCAGAGCGGUGCUUUGACACUGGGUCAAAAGGCAAUAUGUUCAGUCCACAAGAAAGAGAAGAGUAUAAUUACAGCAAAUGCACAAUCAUAGUCCGAAUCAUGGUGUUUGUCAGCAUGAUCCUGGAGACAUGCCAACAGGAUUUCUGGAAGUUACUUGAGAAGGAACUACUUAAUGCAAAUCUGAUAGAACUCCUUGUGAGAACAGUUUGUGAUCCAUCAAACGUAGGCUUUAAUACAGCUGAUGUACAAGUCAUGAAAAAUCUCCCAGAUGUUUCUGUGAGGCUCAUGAAAGCUUUGAUGAGAUCUCCCUAUAAAGAAUCAUUGGAGCUAAGCAUAAAGAAAAGAAUAACAUCACAAAGCAUCGAGGAUCUUUGCUCUGUUGAACUGUAUAAUCCAGAUUCUCGUUUUGAUCACAUUAGACUUAGCUCCAUAUUGUCUGCAUGCAGGCAACUGCACAAGGCAGGCCUGCUUCAUUCCACACUUCAAUCUCAGGGACUGGGGCUCCAUUUUGCAGUUGGUUCUAAGCUUCUUUCAGUUGUUUAUAAAAGCAUUGCACCAGGAGAUGAGAGGAAAUCUCUACCAUCACUAGACAUCAGUAGCAAGCGACUAGCUGAUGGACUCCUGCAGCUGGCUUUUGCUUUCGGUGACCAGUGUGAGGAGCUGGUAAGUCUCCUGUUGAACACAGCGAUACUCUCUGUGCCACUAUCAGGAACAUCACAGAAGGGUCUGAUCAACUUCUCCCAUGGAGAGUAUUUCUACAGUUUGUUCUCAGAAACCAUUAAUCGAGAACUGUUAAAAGACCUGGAUGUAGCCAUACUUCAACUUAUGAAAUCAUCUGUCGACAGCCCAAAAAUGGUGGGUACCAUCCUGAAUGGUAUAUUAGAUGAAAGCUUUAGAGACCGUGCUGUUCGCAAGCAGCAGGGAAUGAAGUUGGUGACUGCAGUACUGAGAAACUGGACAAGGCUUGACAGCUGGUGGUCCAAAGAUUCUGCUCCAGAGAGCAAAAUGGCUGUGUUGACACUGUUGGCUAAAGUUCUGCAGAUUGACUCCUCAGUGUCUUUUAACACAAAUCACGAGGCUUUCUCUGCUGUUUUUAAAACAUAUACCAGCCUACUUACUGAUCAGAAUUUAGGACUGAAUCUGAAGAGUCAAGCAGUGAUUAUUCUUCCAUUCUUCACUAACCUGACUGGAGAAAGGAUUAGUGAGCUUAAGCAUGCCCUUGACCAACUUGUGGCUCUCAAUUUUCCCAUGAAGUCUGAUGAGUUUCCCAAGGGAACCCUGAGGUACAAUAACUAUGUGGACUGCAUUAAAAAGUUUCUAGAUGCACUAGAAUUAUCUCAGAGUCCAAUGUUGUUACAGCUGAUGACAGAAAUCCUUUGUAGGGACCACAAACACUUUAUGGAGGACUUGUUUCAAACCAGUUUCAAAAGAAUUUCCAGAAGGAGUAGCUGUGAAAAACAAGUGGUGCUGUUGGACACUGUACAUAAAAUGUUCCAGAGUGAAGCUCUUCUUUCAAAUACCUGUCGCCAAGCCUUUGUGGAUCGCUCUUUCCUCACACUCUUGUUGCACUGCAGCUUGGAUGCACUGAAAGAAUUCUUUAGCAAGAUUGUAGUAGAAGCCAUGGAUACACUGAAGGCCAGAUUUACAAAGUCAAAUGAACCAGCUUUUGAUACACAAGUCACCAAAAAAAUGGGAUAUUAUAAAAUUCUAGAAGUGAUGUACUCCCGUCUCUCGAACGAGGAUGUUUAUUCCAAGGACUCAAGAAUUAACCAGGCUUACCAGGGAUCCACAAAUGUAGAAGGAAAUGAACUUACCAAGAUGCUAAUAAAGUCAUGCUAUGAUGCAUUUACAGAAAACAUGGCUGGUGAGAGUCAGCUGUUGGAGAAAAGGAGACAGUACCAUUGUGCUGCAUACAACUGUGCCAUUGCUGUCAUCAGUUGCGUCUUCACUGAAAGUAAAUUCUACCAAGGUUUUCUCUUCACAGAAAAACCAGAAAAGAAUUUGUUUAUUUUUGAGAACUUGCUAGAUCUGAAGCAUAAAUAUUCAUUUCCUGUUGAAGUUGAGGUGCCCAUGGAAAGGAAGAAAAGGUAUAUUACUAUUCGGAAGGAAGCCAGGGAGGCAGUAAAUAAAGAUUCAGAUGAGCCUCAGUAUUUGCCUUCUGCAUCAUAUAUGGUGGAUAGCAGUCUCAGUGAAGAAAUGAGCCAAUUUGAUUUCUCAACUGGAGUUCAAAGUUUUUCUUACGGUUCGCAAGACCCUACAGCUACCAGUAUACACUACAGGAAAAAGGAAGUCACAGAAUCCAUGGAUCCAGAUGAUCUGAUGGAACUAGAGAUGGAUGAGCUCAAUCAGCAUGAAUGUAUGGCCUCUAUGACGACCCUGAUUAAACAUAUGCAAAGAAAUCAUAUUACACCCAAAGUAGAUGAGGGAAUAGUUCCACCAGACCUUCCUCCAUGGAUGAAGUUUAUACAUGGCAAAUUGGGGAAUCCAUCAGUGCCACUAAAUAUUCGCCUCUUCUUAGCAAAACUCAUUAUUAAUACUGAGGAAGUUUUCCGACCUUAUGCAAAGCAAUGGCUUGGUCCCUUACUGCAGCUUGUUGUUUCUGGGGAGAAUGGAGGAGAAGGAAUUCAUUACAUGGUCGUGGAAAUAGUAGUUACUCUGCUUUCCUGGACCAGUGUAUCUGUUCCCAAAGGGAACAUUAAAGAUGAGAUAUUGGCCAACAGAUUACUUGAAUUCUUGAUGAAGAACGUAUUUCAUCAGAAAAGAGCAGUGUUCAGACACAACUUGGAAAUUUUAAAGACUGUUGUGGAGUGCUGGAAGGACUGUCUUUCCAUACCAUACAGGUUAAUAUUUGAACAGUUUUCUGGUGGAGAUCCUGAUACAAAGGACAACUCAGUGGGAAUUCAGUUGUUAGGUAUUGUUCUUGCUAACAACUUGUCUCCCUAUGAUGCAAAAUGUGAAAUAGACAGCAUGAGAUACUUUCAAGCUCUGGCCAAUAAUAUGUCCUUAAUAAGGUAUAAGGAAGUUUAUGCAGCAGCAGCAGAAGUGAUGGGACUUAUUCUUCGAUAUAUGGCUGAAAAGGAAAAUAUAUUUGAGGGUCCAGUUUAUGACUGUGUCAUAAAACAGUUAAAACAGCAUCAAAGCACCAGAGAUGACAAGUUUAUUAUGUGUUUAAAUAAAGUGGCAAAGAACUUUCCUCCUCUUGCUGACAGGUUUAUGAACACAGUAUUCUUCUUGAUACCAAAACUUCAUGGUGUUCUGAAAACAUAUUGUCUGGAGGUAGUGAUGUACCGUGCAGAAGAGAUUACUGAUCUCUACUUACAACUAAAAAGUAAAGAUUUUAUCCAAGUCAUGAGUCACAGAGAUGAUGAAAGGCAGAGAGUGUGUUUGGAUAUCUUAUACAAGAUGAUACCUAAGCUGAAACCACUAGAACUAAGAGAACUUCUUCCUGGAAUAACAGGAUUCAUCUCUCACCCCUCUCCAGUAUGUCGGGAACGCAUGUAUGACAUCCUGAUGUGGAUUUAUGAUAACUACAGGGAUCCAGAAAGCCAAGGAGAUGAAGAUUCUCACGAAGUGUUUAAACUAGCAAAAGAAAUGCUACUUCAGGGACUAAUGGAUGAAAACUCUGGACUACAAUUGAUUGUUAGGAAUUUUUGGAGUGAUGAAACUAGGUUACCUACAAAUACCCUCGAUCGUAUGUUGUCUUUGUUAAAUUCCUUAUACUCUACCAAGAUAGAAACCCAGUAUUUGAGUUUAGCGACGAAUUUUCUGCUUGAAAUGACCAGAAAGAGCCCAGAUUAUUCUAGAAAAAUAUUUGAGCAUCCACUUUCUGAAUGCAAAUUUCAGGACUUCACUAUUGAUUCCAACUGGCGUUACCGAAGUACUGUUCUCACACCAAUGUUUGUGGAGACUCAAGCUUCCCAAAGUGCCAAGAGGAAUCGGUCUCAAGAAGGAUCCCUUUCAACUCAUGGGUCACUAGGUGGUCAAGUGAGGGCUACCCAACAGCAGUAUGAGUUUACACCAACACAGAAUGUCAGUGGAAGAAGCUCUUUUAACUGGCUAACAGGAAGCAGUAUUGACACAUUGGCAGAAUAUACAGUCCCUUCAUCCUCUGAAUCAUUGUCUUCAUCCAUGCUGUUUGUUAGCAAGCGGAGUGAGAAAUCACAGAGGGCAGCCUUGAAACCAUUGGGGCCCAAUUUUGGGAAGAAAAGGCUGGGUUUGCCUGGAGACGAGGUAGACAGCAAAGCUAAAGGUAUAGAUGAACGGGCAGAAAUUCUAAGGUUGCGGAGGCGUUUCUUAAAGGACAAAGAGAAACUCAGCUUGAUUUAUGCAAGGAAAGGUGUCGCUGAACAGAAACGAGAAAAGGAGAUAAAAUCUGAGCUGAAAAUGAAGCACGAUGCUCGAGUCACACUGUACAGGAGUUACCGACAAGGAGACCUUCCUGAUAUCCAGAUUGAAUACAGCAGCCUAAUCACUCCUCUGCAGGUUGUGGCACAGAGAGAUCCAGCACUGGCCAAGCAGCUCUUCAGCAGUUUGUUUACUGGAAUUUUGAAAGAAAUGAACAACGUUAAGAGUCCUUCUGAGAAAAACUAUAUCACCCAAGAGCUGCUGCAGAAUUUCAACCAUUUUCUGAGCACAACAGUGUCUUACUUCCCACCAUUCAUAGCCUGCAUUCAGGAAAUGUGUUACCAGCACAGAGAACUGCUAGACCUCGACUCGGCCACUGUGAGCACUAGCUGCUUAGCCAGUUUACAGCAACCUGUGGGCAUCCUGCUUCUUGAACAAGCUCUAACUCGUCUUUCUUAUGCAGAAGAACCCUUAUCUAAACGAAUGCGUGGAAGAACAGACCUCUCUCCAGAUGUGAUCAGAUGGAUCGAACUUGCUAAGCUUUAUCGAUCAGUUGGAGAUUAUGAUGUUCUUCGUGGUAUUUUCAGUGGAAAGAUUGGAACCAAGGAAAUUACCCAGAAUGCAUUGUUAGCAGAGGCAAAAAGUGAUUAUGCUGAAGCAGCUAAACAAUAUGAUCAGGCUCUUUCUAAACAAGACUGGUUGGAUGGUGAACCUACUGAAGCAGAAAAGGAUUUCUGGGAACUUGCAUCUCUUGAAUGCUACAACCAUCUGACAGAAUGGAAGUCAUUAGAGUAUUGUUCCACUGUUAAUAUUGAUAGCGGACAACCUCCAGACUUAAACAAAACAUGGAGUGAUCCAUUUUAUCAGGAAACUUAUUUGCCAUAUAUCAUACGGAGUAAGUUGAAGUUACUGCUCCAUGGGGGCAAUGACCAGUCCUUGCUAACCUUCAUUGAUGAAGCUAUGAAGAUAGAACAGAGGCGAGCCCUUAUAGAAAUGCAUUAUAGUCAAGAGCUGAGUCUUCUCUACAUCUUGCAGGAUGACUUUGACAGAGCCAGAUAUUAUAUCAGCAGUGGCAUGCAAGCCUUCAUGCAGAACUACUCCAGUAUUGAUACUCUGUUACACCAAAGUCGACUAACAAAGCUACAGUCUGUCCAGGCUUUAACCGAAAUACAAGAAUUCAUCAAUUUUAUAAGCAAACCAAGCUGCUUAGGUUCUCAAGCUUCCCUUAAGAGACUUCUCAGAAUUUGGACAAACAGAUAUCCAGAUGAUAAAAUGGACCCCAUGAACAUCUGGGAUGACAUCAUUACAAACCGAUGUUUCUUUCUUGGAAAAAUUCAGGAGAAACUGCCCAACAUCCAGGCUGAUGAUAGUAUGGAAGUGGAUGGAAAGGGAGAUGGUGGUGACCAAAUAGAAGGAAAUAUGCAGGAAGAAGACAUUCAUUCAGUGAUUAAAAGCUGCAAAUUUAACAUGAAAAUGAAGAUGAUAGAGUGUGCCAGGAAACAGAACAGCUUCUCAGUCGCCAUGAAGCUUCUGAAGGAUCUGCACAAAGAGUCUAAAACCAGAGAAGACUGGCUCUUGAGAUGGAAUCACAGCUAUUGCCGCUUUAGUCAUAGUCGCAGUCAGAGCCAGAAUAGUCCUGAACAAAUGCUCACUGUGUUGAAAACCACGUCUUUACUGGAUGAGAGCAAGUCUGACUACCUGAGUAAGAAUCUAGUGGCUUUCCGCAACCAAAACCUUCUGCUGGGUACCACUUACAAUAUUUUGGCAAGUGCCCUUAGCAAAGAUCCAAGAUGUCUUGAGAAAAUUGAGGAAGAAAAAGCUAGAAAAGUUGUGAUGCUUUCUGGAGAGAAACCUGAAAACUCUGAGAAGGUGAUAGCAGGUCUGAACAAAAAAGCUUUCCAGUAUUUCAGCAUUGCAGUGAGGAAGGCUGUAGAAGAGGUGCAGUCUCAUUCAAUGGAGCACGUGGACCUGACUGGAGUCAUAGAUGCUUACAUGACUCUGGUUGAUUUCUGUGACAAACAUCUCCGUAAAGAGGAAGAAGGUUCAUCUGAUAUCAGUGCUCUGGAUCUGCAGACAUUCCCAGCCAUUGUAGUAGAAAAAAUGAUAAAAGCUUUAAAACUGAAUUCCAGAGAUGCCAGGCUAAAAUUUCCCAGGCUGCUGCAAAUAAUAGAAAGGUAUCCAGCAGAGACCCUUGGCCUAAUGACACGAGAGAUUUCAUCAGUUCCCUGCUGGCAGUUCAUUGGUUGGAUUAGCCAAUUGAUGGCAGUGCUUGACAAAGAGGAAGCAGUAGCUGUGCAACAUACUGUAGAAGAGAUUGCAAAUAGCUAUCCGCAGGCAAUCGUCUAUCCUUUCAUGAUCAGCAGUGAAAACUAUAUCUUCAAAGAUACUGCAACAGGCCACAAGAACAAGGAGUUCGUAGCAAGGAUAAAGAGUAAAUUAGACAGAGGAGGAGUGAUUCAAGAUUUUGUUCAUGCCCUUGAACAGCUUUCUAAUCCUGUGAUGCUCUUUAAGGAUUGGGUUGAGGAUGUUAAAAAUGAGUUGGGAAAAACUCAGAGAAAUAAAAAUAGCCUUAAGGAAAUGUAUGAAGGAAUGUACAGAAACUUAGGAGAUUUACAAGCUCCAGGUCUUGGAUUAUUCAGAAAGAGAUUUAUUCAGACCUUUGGGAAGGAGUUUAACUGUCAUUUUGGAAAAGGCGGCUCAAAGCUGUUAGAAAUGAAGGCUGAUGAUUUCAGCAGAAUUACACUCUCUCUCCUUUCAAAAAUGAAAGACCAGAAAGAACCAGGAAAUCUGAAAGAAUGUUCACCUUGGAUGAGUGGCUUCAAAGCUGAAUUCAUGAGGAAUGAACUGGAGAUCCCUGGUCAGUAUGACGGUAAAAGUAAACCAUUGCCAGAAUACCAUGCAAAAAUCUCUGGAUUCGAUGAACGGAUAAAAAUAAUGGAGUCUAUCAGGAAACCAAAACGUAUAAACAUUCGAGGCAGUGAUGAGCGAGAUCAUCCCUUUCUUGUCAAAGGUGGUGAAGAUCUCCGGCAGGACCAGCGUAUUGAGCAGCUCUUUGAUGUUAUGAAUAUUAUCCUUUCCCAAGAUGCUUCUUGCAGCCAAAGGAACAUGCAGAUAAAAACUUACAAAGUUAUACCCAUGACAACCAGAUUAGGGCUGAUUGAGUGGAUGGAAAAUACCUGUACCUUAAAAGAUUUCCUUAUGGAAAGCAUGUCUGAAGAGGAAAAAGAUGACUAUCACAGUCUAAAAGGACCUCGUACCAUGUACAGUGACUGGCUGUCCAAGAUGGCAGGAAAGGAGCAAGGCGUUGCACGCUAUAAGACUAUGUACAAUAGAGCUAAUCGUACAGAAACAGUCAUGUCUUUCAGAAACAGGGAAAACUGUGUUCCAGGAGACCUUUUAAGGAGAGCAUUUGUUAAGAUGAGUACAGCUCCUGAGGCCUUUCUGUCUUUGCGAUCCCAUUUUGCCAGCUCUCAUGCACUGAUGUGUAUUAGCCAUUGGAUUCUUGGUAUUGGAGACAGACAUCUGUCCAAUUUUAUGAUUAAUAUGGAAACAGGUGGCAUGGUGGGAAUAGAUUUUGGACAUGCAUUUGGUUCAGCAACACAGUUUCUGCAAGUGCCAGAGUUGAUGCCUUUUCGUCUAACUCGCCAGUUCAUUAAUCUGAUGUUGCCUCUGAAAGAAUCUGGUCUCAUCUAUAGUGUGAUGGUACAUUCCCUAAGAGCUUACCGCACAGACCCAGACCUCCUGAUCAGCACUAUGGAUGUGUUUGUAAAAGAACCCUCCUUAGACUGGCAGAAUUUUGAAUUGAAGCAGUUGAAAAAAGGGGGCACAUGGUCUAAGGAGGUAAACACAGCUGAAAUAAACUGGUAUCCCUUGCAGAAAGUGAACUGUGCCAAAAGAAAGUUGGCAGGUUCCAAUCCAGCAGUACUCACAUGUGAUGAACUUCGAUUGGGCCAUGAGAAAUCACCAGCCUACAAGGAAUAUGUAGCUGUCGCUCGAGGAAGCAGAGAUCACAACAUCCGAGCCAAAGAACCAGAGGAUGGACUUUCGGAAGAAAUCCAAGUGAAAUGCCUUCUAGAUCAAGCUACCGACCCCAAUCUCCUUGGCAGAGUUUGGGAAGGAUGGGAGCCCUGGAUGUGAAAGAAAGGCUGUUAGAAAACACUCCAUUUGUUAUUUCCUAAGUGAAACCGCUGCAGUCAAGUUACUGUAUAGUGGAGAGCAGCAUAGAUAGGAAAACCAUUUGUGCUUUUAUUUUCAACAUGGUUAAGUCCAAACUGAAUAUGGAUUGUGACAAUGUGCUAAAACUUACCCAGAGAUGACAAUUGUGAACAAAUGUCUCUGUACUUGGAACUUAAAAGGAGUAUGGUAACUGUGCUGAAGGCUGAGGCCCAUGAUAGUAAGCUAUUGUAUUUAACAGAAGAAAGCGUAAACAAAAUAACCACAUAUCCUUUAAAUUGAUGUUUUCAUGCUGUAUUGUUUAAUCCACACAAAGGUAGAUUAGAUGUCAACACUGCCUAGAAAAUGAUCUCUCGUUUUGUAAAAGUAUAAAUCAGUUGCUGUAACAGAACAGGCUUUAUUGUGAUCAUAAUUGCCAACAAAUUCUAAAUGUUUUAUAAGUUGUCACUGUAUACUAUAAAGAUGUUUCUUAUUGUUUUGCAUUGAUUUUUAAAACGUGAAAACUUCGCAGUUUAAAUUAAGUAUUGAGACCAGACAUGAAAACUGGCAUUGCUGGUGUCUCCACUGCGAUUUUUGUUGUGAAUGAACUGGGACAACAGUCUAUUGUUCCCCAAUACUUGCUUUUACAAAGAGAUUUAAGGGGAAGGACCUAAAGACAGGAGUUUGCAACAUGAGCCUCUAUUGUGAAGCAGUUUUAUAGGUAACCUCUGUGUCAAACAAAGUGCAGUAGAAAUUAUGUAGGUUUCAAUUAUUGUCUUUCAAAAUGUUAGGCUACUUAUUAACAGGAAUUUAUUUCUCAUUGACAUUAAUAAUGUGUGAUUAUCAUGGAAAUGUGAACAAGUAUAAAAUCGUUUAAAAAAAUUAAAAGCAAGCACUUUUGACUUACCUGCAGC